CUGUCUCUUUAGAAACUCCUGCUCUUUCUGAAACUACCUUCAGAAACUCAUCACAUUGCUCCUCUAUUAACCUGCGUUUCACUGAGAAGUAGAACAUAUAAUGAACUCAGCUAAAUAUGCGUCUGCAAAGCAUUAAAUAAGGAACCUGAACAAAAAUCCAAGUGGAUUUUGGAUUUGUAAAAUAAAUAUUUAGAAAGCCAUUCAGUAUUUUUUCUUCUUCACAAAUUUCUACUAAUUUGUGUUGGAUAACAAGAAAUCCCAAUCCCAAUUGUGUUUAAAGAGGUCAAAGGGUGAUUGGAGCCACUCCUGCGAAUCUCAGUUCUGCUGCAUUCUUUCUGCUGACUGAGCAAACAGAUAAAUGAUGGAGUUUUAAAGAAACUGUCGACUUCUUCAUAAGGACCUGGAGUGAAAACCGACCCAUAGUUUGCAGCCAUUUUCAUUUUGGGUGUUUCUAUUCUCUGGCCUACAACGGCUGUGAAGGAUGGCAGCAGCUCCAACAGCGCCACCUUCCCUCGGAGUUCAUAAGCGCCAAAAACCUUCAACAGGGACACCAAAUUCACAAGUGGACGAAGGAAAGCAGAACAAUUUAAGACUAGAUUUUGACAAGAACAAUCUGUUUGUGUGUUCAGACGUGUUCAGUCAGGACAUAGCUGCGGUUUUGGACAGGAAGUGCUCAUAGGUGACACUUCCCAUGGUGCAGGUUCAUGUUAUUUCCUGCUCAACAGUUUGUUGGCAGACAGAGAGAGACUUGCACUGAAGGAGUUGAUGAUGUCUUUGUUUCUGAUGCUGGCUCUUCUGAUCAUCAAUAAUAAACCAGGAAUCGAUGCUUUCACUUCGGUUUUUGUGCAGACGGGUGGCGGUGUUUUUCUUAACGUCUCAGAAGUGGAUGUUCCCAAAGAUUAUCACCUCCUUUUAUGGAAAUUUGUCACAGAUGAUGUCUUGGUGUCUUUCUUUCCAAAUGGAAAAUCAAAAGUGCGCGGGGCUUACAGUGGGAGAAUAGACCUUUUGGAAAAUAAAUAUUCCAUAAAAUUAAAGAACCUCCAAAAAUCUGACAGCGGACUUUAUACGGCGAUAGUAAUAGCAGCUUCAGAAGAAGUACUAACUGGAUACAACGUCACAGUUCAAGAUCCGGUGGGUCCGGUCGAUCUGACCGUUGACUCCGUGUCCAGCGACUCUUCCUCCUGUGACCUCGUGACGACCUGCAGCGCCGACGGCACCGACAUCAGCAGCACUUUCAGAUGUACCGCUAAAACCUGCCUUCAGGAGGGGGGAGAGGGAUCAAAGGUCACCAAAUCUGGGGCUACCCUCCAUGUCUCCCUGUCCCGUUCAUCCAUCGUCUGUAACCAUAGCAACCAGGUCAGCUGGAUGGAGAAAACAACAGAGAUUGAUCACCUUUGUCCAAAGAAUGCCGGUCCAGACAAACUCCAUGGAUUUUCCAUUUGUUAUGUGAAGAAAGUCGUUUUCUCAGUGGGUCUGAUCGUCAUGGUGAUGGUCGUCAUCGCCGUCCACCUCAUGGAGAAAUUCAACAAACACAAAUAACCGGCAAUUUAUGAAAGAAUAUCAGCAUAUCUGGUUCCUCUGUGUGGUUCUAUGUAAGACAUUAAAUUAACAACAGGCUCCUUCAG